AUGCGGACCGGACAGAGAGACCAGAGGUUUUCACCCCUCUCGUGGGCAGACAGUGGGCGCUCCGUCCUGAGUCUGAACAUCCGCCACCUGUGGCUGUUCGGACUGUGGCCACUGCACGACUUCUGGCCCUUCUACCUGUACACCGCCUGCGGCCUCCUGCUGGGCUUCUGGAACGCCGUGGAAGGGGCGCUGGCCGCGUACUUCUCCUGGGGAGACAUGGACGACACGACGCUGGCGCUGCUCACCGCCAUCACGCAGGGCUGCGGCGCCCUCAAAAUGGUCGUCUUCCUGCACACCAGGCGCCACUUCGGGGCGCUGGUGCGCCGUCUGGACGCCCUCGUGUCGCAGCAGAGCGAGGCCUGCGGCGGCGGCUCCGUGCCGGCGGCCAUCCUGCGCGCCUCGCGGAGGCGGGCGCGCCGCGCCACGCUGGGCACGCUGCUUUUCAUGCUGUCGCAGUGCUUCGUGUGGUACCCCAUACCGCUGGUGGCGCACGCGGAAGAGCGCCGGCUGCCGUUCGCGCAGCACCCCUGGGACGGCAACACACACCACUACGCGCUGUCCUACUUCGCCCAGUGCGCCGCCGGCCUGCUCAUGACGCAGAUCAGCUUCGGCGUCGACUGCCUCUUCGCGUCGGCCAUGAUCCUUGUGGCUGCCCAGCUUCAGAUCCUAGCCGUGCGCCUCAAAGAGAUGGCGGUCGUGUCCAGUAUCCCGUGUAAGGGAAAGACCGCAUACUUUGAGGAAGACCUGCUGACGAAAGGCACCGACCAAAUGUACAACUCGCUGCGCAUUUGCAUAGAAGAACAUCAGAAAAUCUUACGGUUUGUCACUCAUCUGCAGAACACAAUGAGUCCCAUGGCAAUAAUGCAAUUCGGAGCCAGUGUUUUUGUCAUAUGCUUUGCAUUAUUUCAAGCAACAUAUAGCAAGGACUUCAGCUCAGCACUGAAGUGCACAUCCUUUCUUCCCGUUCCGUGUACACAAGUCUACCUCUACUGCUGGGCAGCUAACGAGGUAACUAUACAAGCGGAGGCAGUGUCACUGGCGGCCUACAGCUCCUCAUGGGUGGAGACCAGUCCCCGUUUCAAGCUCGCCUUGAGGAUUCUCAUCAGUCGUGCCCAGAAGCCGUUGAUUCUCACCGCUGGGCAUCUGUACCGCAUCGACAAAGAAGCCUUUCUUUCGCUUGUGAAUGCUUCAUAUUCUUACUAUGCUUUACUGAGCCAAACAACCAACCGGUAA